AUGUUCGGAGAGCUGGUCUGCGGCCCACCCGGAAGUGGCAAAACAACGUACUGCGAGGGAAAACGGCAGUUUCUCAGCGUUUAUGAACCCACACGACCCGUAGUACUGCUGAACCUGGACCCGGCCAAUGAGGAUAUCUUUCCUUACCCUUGCGAUGUCGAUAUACGUGAGGUUGUCUCGCAUGUGCGUGUCAUGGAAACGGAGGAACUUGGACCCAACGGUAGCUACUUGUUUUGUGCCGCUCUCAUGGAGCGUCGCAUCGACUGGAUAAUACAAAAGGUUGAGGAAGCCGUUGACCGCCGUUUGCGUGACGUGGUCAUCACUGGUGGGGGCUCCGUUCACCCCCGCCCUCCAUAUCUGAUUAUCGACUGCCCUGGGCAAGUGGAGUUCUAUUUAGGUUCUCCUGUUAUGCAUACACUUUUCCGUGCACUGCAGAAGCGACUUUGCUGUACUCUCUGCACUGUGCAUCUCGUAGACGCCAGUGUUUCAACACGCGACAUUUCUACUUACGUUUCAAGUUGCUUGCUUAGCAUCACAACGAUGAUUGACCACGAACUGCCGCAUAUUAACGUGUUUAGCAAAUGGGAUACCCUCUCGGUAGAGGACUCCGAGGAAGGAGAGGCUUAUCUUCGCGCCUCAAGCUUUAUGGCAGAGGACUUCGACAGAUUGUGGAAGAAGCAACUUCGGCAACGCCGUCGCAAUCAGCGGCUUGCGAAGUUGUAUCCCACUGGAGCGGAGAAGUUGGAUGCUCGCGACGAACCGAGUGCGGCGGCGAGGGACGACAUGGAGGUGGAGGCUAUUGACCUGGAGAAGGACGGCGGUCACUUGUAUCGCUACAGCAAGGCUGUAAUGGAGGUUGUGGAUGGUUAUGGGUUAAUUGGUUUUUUGCCGCUCGACGUUCAGUCACAGGAUAUGAUGACGCGUCUAACGCAACAGAUAGAUGAUUGCAUCGGCAACUUUCUAUGA